AAAACUUGGCCACAUCUCGGAGAAGCCACUCAGUUUGCGUAGAGCAACCGCGCGUGUAUCGUCUUGCCGCCAAUAACACCAACAGAAACAUUAAUAAAACAAAACUCCACAGUUUUUGGGAAACAAUUUCCGAUUUGUUUAUUCAGUUUAAAAUAAUGGUUUUUUAAAGUGGGAAGUUUUGAAAGUGAAAAAUACAAAGCAAAAAUAUUGAAAUUGAAGUGAAUUUGAAACUUUGAAAUGGCUAAGGAAAUUCCUGCAAAGGGCAGUAUAUUAGGAAAAUAUGUUCCUGCUCGGUACAUAUUGGCCGUGCUCGGUUCUUGUGGCAUGGCCAUCAUUUAUGGGCUGAAAGUAAAUCUCAGUGUGGCAAUGGUGGCGAUGUUAAAUCAUACAGCAAUCGAAAAAAUCCAUAAUUCUUCUCAUCCAGUUUAUAACCUAAGUAGUAUAGCACCAAGUCAAGAGGAAGUAUGUAGUAGUCCCGGCGGUACGGCUGGAGGGAAACCGGAGGAUGGACCAUUUGAGUGGAAUGAAGCUAUACAGGGAACUUUGCUAAGCUGUUACUUCUGGGGUUAUUUGGUAUCGCAAAUGCCGAGCGCACAAAUAGCCGAGAAGUUUUCAGCCAAAUGGGUAAUGUUUUUCUCAGUAGGCAUCAAUGUGAUUGCAACACUACUCACGCCCGUAAUGACCAAUAUACAUUAUGCUGGCUUAAUUGUUAUGCGCGUCCUGGAAGGUAUGGGCGGUGGAGCUACUUUCCCGGCUAUGCACUGCAUGAUUGCUGCUUGGGCGCCACCGAAUGAGCGUUCUGUUAUGUCGACCAUUAUAUAUGUGGGAACUUCAUUUGGAACGGCCAUUUCUAUACUUUUAGCUGGAGUUUUAUCAUCGAAAUGGGGUUGGGAAUCAGUUUUUUACUGGAUGGGUGGCUUAAGUGCUGUAUGGAUGAGCCUAUGGAUGUUUCUUAUUCAAGAUAAUCCAAAUAAACAACGUUUUAUUAGCCCAGAGGAGCGACAAAUGAUUACCUCACAAUUGGGUACUGAAAAUACUGCAGCUAACGAGAAACAUCCCCCAGUUCCAUGGAAGAAGGUGCUAACAUCCGUACCAUUUUGGGCUAUUCUAAUUGCUCAUUGCUGUAGUAACUGGGGCUGGUACAUGUUUUUAAUCGAAAUCCCUUUCUACAUGAAACAAGUAUUGAAAUUCGAUGUCACAAGUAAUGCCAAAUUCAGUGCACUACCCUACUUUCCAAUGCUUAUUUUGAGCAUUAUAUUGGGUAAAACUUUGGAUACAUUAAAGGCUAAAGGAAAAAUUACAACAACCACUGCCCGCAAAACUGCAACAAGCAUUUGUACAAUCAUACCCGGCAUUUGCCUCUUAGCUUUGUGCUACAUAAGCUGUGCACAUACAGCUGCGGUGGUUAUCAUGACAAUCGGUGUCAUUGGAAUGGGUGGCAUGUUUUCUGGUUUCCUUUCGAACCAUAUUGAUAUUGCCCCUAAUUAUGCUGGCACAUUGGUCGCCAUCACAAACACGGCAGCAACCAUUCCCGGCAUCAUAGUCCCACUAUUUGUCGGUGUCAUAACUACGAACAACCAAACAAUUGGAGCUUGGCGCAUAAUCUUCUACGUUACUAUUGUGCUCUUCGCAAUUGAGUUUUUGGUGUUCGUCAUAUUUGGAUCUGGUGAAGAGCAAUCGUGGAAUAAGAUCGAUAAAAAAGAAACAAGAGAUGAAGCAACACCUUUGAAGGUUCAGUCCGUAAAGGACGGGGUCUAAGAAAUUUAAGGAGAUAACUCAAUUAUUUUAGGUUAAAAAUAAUUUUUGUUUUGUUUUAAUAUGCUAAAGUAUAAUUAUAGAAAUAAAUAGUUACACGUAAUAUAAUCAUAUCCACAAGUUUAA